AUGUUGGUUGCCGCUGCCGGAGGAACAUGGCUGAAGCGCUUCCCUUUGCAGCCGGCAUGUACUUCGGUGCUGCUCCUCGCCGAGCGCUGUGUCAGCAGCGAGAGGGAGCAGCAGCGGCGUCGUGUCUACGAGGUGUACGAUGUGGAGCUACUGCGUGAGGCCGCAUGUACACAGGAACUUCGACGAUCAGCAUAUCGACUCCAGUGA